AUGAUAGGCAAGUUCCUAAUCAACGCAGAGACAGGGGCUCUCACAGUGUCGGACUGGCUGGACCGCGAGACGCAAGCCACUUACAACCUGGUGGUAGAGGCGUGGGACAACUACCAGUUUGGCUACCUCAGUGGCGAGAGCCGGAACGCUUUCAAGCAGAUAGUAGUUCACGUUGAAGACGUAAACGACAACCCGCCAAUACUCCAAAUGCCGGAAGAGUGUACCACCAUCACGGAGUUCCACAACCACCGCGAGCCCAUAGUGUCGGUGUCGGCGACCGACGCCGACGACAACUCGUCGCCGAAUGGACGCGUGCAGUUUCACUUGGUCGGGGGGAAAGGACACGGUACGUAGACUUACCAUCAUCAUUUCAGCCAUAGGACGUCCACUG